AUGGAUUCAACGAAUCAUUAUACUGAGACCUCUCAUUUUGUUGACCUUCUUACAAGUCAACAAGGGAGUGUCCAUCAUCAACCCUUUCGUUAUGAGGGUUUUUCACAGGGUGGGGAGAUCGGAUCAUCGCACGUCCCUGUGUAUAGUACUCACGGUACUGACACUGGAAGCAUCGGUGAAGACACACCAUCAGAGCGAAGAGAAAGGAAGAAGUGGACUCUCACCGAGGAUGUAGUGCUUAUAAGCGCCUGGUUGAGCACCAGCAAGGACCCUGUAGUGGGCAACGAGCAAAGAGCUGGUGCUUUUUGGAAGCGUAUAGCUGCUUACUUUGCAGCUAGUCCAAAGGUUCAAGGCGGUGAAAAGCGAGAGUCAAUCCAGUGUAAGCAACGGUGGCAGAAGAUAAACGAUCUUGUUUCCAAGUUUUCUGGAUCCUAUGAAGCUGCAACAAGACAGAAGACAAGUGGAAUGAAUGAGAAUGAUGUACUGCGGUUUGACCAGAAAUGGUGUGAAGUAGCUACUAGUAAGAUUGAUGGAAGCUGCAAGAAGAGGAAGGGUGACGAUGGUGCUCAGUCCUCGAGCUCUUACGCAACUACCACUGAUGGCGAGCACCGUCCUCCUGGUGUUAAGGCAUCGAAACGAGCAAGUGCUAAGAAAACCAAUGAAGACAUUUCUGAGCUUCAGAGCUUGUGGGCAAUUAAGGAGAAAGAUUUGGAAGUUAAAGAAAAAUUGUCCAAGAUGGGGCUGCUUCAGACUCUCAUUGCCAAAACCGAGCCACUAUCUGAAUUUGAAGAAGCCUUAAAGAAGAACCUUAUUACAGAAAUGUUGGGUUCUGUAUCAGGCGGCUCAGUGUAG